AUGGCGGAAGAAGAGGAGGAUACACCGGAGAUCUUUAUUGACCGCGAUCCGAAGACGUUUGGCGUGUUGCUGAAUUUCCUGCGGUCCGGUGUUCUUAAAAUCCCCGUCGGAGUUACCGUUGACGCGGUGCUUGGCGACGCGGACUAUGUCGGCCUGCUGGACCCUGUUAAGGCCGCGCUCUUGCCCCCUGCGCUCGACGCCAAUGAGAUGCACAGAACGUCCGUGCUUCGCCCCAAUGUGGGCCCUGCUGACGUGUGCACGGCGCUGGCCGCGCAUGAAGACGGCUCUGUUGACGUGGCACAUGGCGCCAGGGUGACGUGUUAUGACUGGAUGCUGCGUCACACCGCCACCAUCAUCACCGACCUUCCCCAGGUGGACACCAUCUGCCGGCUGUCAGAGUCUCGAAUCAUCGUGGGGGGCGGCAAGGGCUGCUACCAUCUGCCCAUCUACGACACACGGGGCUACGACAGCACAUUGAACCCACUGAGAACGUUUGACGAAUAUAAUUUCCCAACGGCCUUCCCCUCCUCCUACUCCUCCCAUUCAUCCUCCAAUUCCGCCUACCCCUCCCACUCCCCCUACUCCUCCCCCUACUAUUCUUCUCUCUCCCACUCUCAGACCACUUACAGUUCUCCUGCCACCCUCCCAUCCCUCUCCCCUUCCUCACUCUCCUCCUACACUCCCUCCCCUUUAACUCUCACCCAGCCUCCCCCCGCCUCCUCCAUCUCUCCAAUCAUCCUCCCUCAAUCCGCCUCCCACUACCCAACCCCCACCACCAAUCCCCUCUACUCCCCCCCUCUCCCUCCCUCUUCCAUCCUCCCCUCCCCCUACUCCUCCUCGUUCCCACCAACCUGCAAAAUCGGCUCAGUGGCUCUCAGAGGCGCGUCACACCCUUCAUUCCGGUCCAUAGUUCAAUCCGACCGGUUUCUGUUCGUGGCAAGCCUGAGAAAGACUCUUGGAGUGGAGUGGGGGGUGGGGAAGGCGGUGGGGGUGGUUGAUCGGGGCACGUUGCAGAGCGUGGGGGAGGCAGGGCCGGCGCCUAUUACCACGAGGCGCAUGGGCGGCCCUGAUAAUUCUGGUGCUUUACCUGUGCAAAAAGCUGGAAUUAAGGCGAUUUUUGAGUCGACUCAAAAAUCCCCAUCCCCAAUUCUGGGCGGCAGUGGGGGUCCGUCCUACCUGCGCCUGUGGGACCCACGGUGCAACCAGCUGGUGUGGGAUUGGCCAGGCAUCCUCGGCGGCAGUGAAGGGCUGUCCUACUUGCGCCUAUGGAACCCGCGCUGCAACCAGCUGGUGUGGGACCGGUCCGGAGUCCAAGGCGGCAGCGAGGGGCCGUCCUACCUGCGCCUGUGGGACCCACGGUGCAACCAGCUGGUGUGGGACUGGCGUGAGUUCGACGACCCACAACCUUCCCUCGUCCCCUCCGACCGCUGGUGUGCUCUCUGCGACGCCACUGCCUGCGAAGACCUCUCCCUGCUCCUCAAAGCCUCCCCUUCCGCUCCAGACUCCUCCUCCCGCCUCUCUGCUUUCGACCUGAGGAAGCUACCUCUGCAUGGGACUGGCAAUUCGGCCGGUGCUUGUGUUUCGGUUCCCAGUGGUGCUGGUUUUGUCAGCAAUCCGUUUGUUCCUGUUGCCACGGGCAGGCUGGGCAGAUGGGCAUCAAUGGAUGAAGAGAAGUUAGGGGGGGCUCUAUCGGUAGGGGGGGGAGGACAGGGUGGGAUAGGGGGAAUCGGGGGAAUGGGGGGAUUUGGAGGGGCGGGAGGAGGGGGUGGGGAGGAUGCGUUGGGAGGGUACUCUAGAGGGGCUUUAACUCCUGGUUCGCUCACUGGUGCGGCUGCUGCUGCAAGAGGGUUUGAACCGCCACCUUUAGAUGGGAGAGCAGCGGGUGCAGCUGUGGUUGGAGUAGGGGAAGGGGGUGCGGAAAACGGGGAGUGGGGGGGCAGGGGAAAGAACGGGAGUGUGGGGCAUGGGAAGUGGAGAGCCCAUUGGCGAGCAGAGAGAGCUGCGGAGAGGAUUGAGGAGCAGCGAGAGGAGCGGGUGGGCCUGCUCUCUCACUGCUCAUUGCUGGAGGAGCGGAGGGGAGUGUGGGGCAUGGGAAGUGGAGAGCCCAUUGGCGAGCAGAGAGAGCUGCGGAGGUGCGAGAGCGAGGGGGUGGAGGGAAGGCAGGGGGGAGGGGGAAGGAAAAGGGGAGUGUGGGUCGUGGGAAGUGGAAAGCUCAUUGGAGAGCAGAGAGAGCUGCGGAGGUGCGAGAGCGAGGGGGUCGACCUGGGGGGGGGUGAGCUGGGUGAGGGAAGGCAGGGGGAGGAGCUGGUGUGCUCUGAGGAGCUGGUGUGCUCUGAGGAGCUGGUGUGCUCUGAGGAGCUGGUGUGCUCUGAGGAGCUGGUGUGCUCUGAGGAGCUGGUGUGCUCUGAGGAGCUGGUGUGCUCUGAGGAGCUGGUGUGCUCUGAGGAGCUGGUGUGCUCUGAGGAGCUGGUGUGCUCUGAGGAGCUGGUGUGCUCUGAGGAGCUGGUGUGCUCUGAGGAGCUGGUGUGCUCUGAGGAGCUGGUGUGCUCUGAGGAGCUGGUGUGCUCUGAGGAGCUGGUGUGCUCUGAGGAGCUGGUGUGCUCUGAGAAGCUUGUGUGA